AUAAGGUGUUGGACGAGUAGAAGCUUCAUUCGAUUUUCAAACGUUCCACAACAACGUUCAUUUGUUUUAUUGUUUUGUUAUAUAUUUGAACUAAUAAGAAUGGAUUUCUCCAAGUUGUUAUUCUUUUUCUUCGCUUGUUUCGUUGCUCUGUGUUCAGUGAGCGCUGCGCCUGAACCAAGAUGGAAACCAUUCAAAAAGCUUGAGCGAGUGGGACAGCACGUGCGAGACGGCAUCAUCAAGGCCGGUCCUGCAGUCGCCGUUGUCGGACAAGCCGCUACCAUUGCCAAAGGAUAA